GGGUUCGCGAUAGUGAGCUGGUCGGUUGAUAAAAAUGCACGCUUCGCGUCAGUGCCGGCAAUAGUCAUCAAGAAGACAGCAGCGAGUGAAGAGUUCGUGACGAACAAACGGAUAGCGAAGUGAAUAUUCUAAUUACUUUCAAAGUGACAAGUUCUGUGAGAGUGAAAGACUUUCAGUGCGACAUUUAAAAGACAAUUGCAAGAGCAAAAAUAAGUGAAUAAUUGGAUUAUUUCUUGUGAAUUGGUACCUAGUGAAAAAUAAACAAGAUGCCGGAAGCCGAUGUGGAAACCUUCGCGUUCCAGGCUGAGAUCGCUCAGCUGAUGUCGCUGAUCAUCAACACCUUCUACUCGAACAAGGAAAUCUUCCUGCGUGAGUUGAUCUCUAACUCGUCCGAUGCCCUGGAUAAGAUCCGCUAUGAAUCGCUGACCGAACCCACAAAACUGGACAGCGGCAAGGAGCUGUUUAUCAAGCUGAUCCCGAACAAGGAAGCCGGCACCCUGACCAUCAUCGAUACCGGCAUCGGUAUGACCAAGGCCGAUCUCGUCAACAAUCUGGGUACGAUCGCCAAAUCCGGAACCAAGGCGUUCAUGGAAGCUCUGCAGGCCGGAGCCGAUAUUAGCAUGAUUGGACAGUUUGGUGUGGGUUUCUAUUCGGCCUACCUGGUCGCCGAUAGGGUUGUCGUCACCUCCAAGAGCAACGACGAUGAACAGUACGUGUGGGAAUCGUCCGCUGGCGGAUCCUUCACCGUUCGCCAGGACCCCGGCGAGCCCCUCGGUCGUGGUACCAAGAUCGUCCUCCACAUCAAGGAAGAUCAGUUGGAAUACCUGGAGGAGAGCAAGAUCAAGUCCAUCGUGAACAAGCACUCGCAGUUUAUUGGCUACCCAAUCAAGUUGCUCGUGGAGAAGGAACGCGAGAAGGAAGUCAGCGACGAUGAAGCCGAGGACAAGGAGGAGGAGAAGAAGGAAGAAGACAAGAAGGACGAGCCCAAGAUUGAAGACGUCGAGGAUGAUGAGGAGAAGAAGGACAAGAAAAAGAAGACCGUCAAGGUAAAAUACACCGAAGAUGAGGAGCUGAACAAAACCAAGCCCAUCUGGACUCGCAACGCCGACGAUAUCUCUCAGGAAGAAUACGGAGAAUUCUACAAAUCGCUCACCAACGACUGGGAAGACCAUCUUGCCGUCAAGCACUUCUCCGUCGAAGGCCAGCUGGACUUCCGUGCUCUGCUUUUCGUCCCUCGCCGAAUGCCGUUCGAUCUUUUCGAAAACAAGAAGAAGAAGAAUAACAUCAAGCUGUACGUCCGCCGCGUCUUCAUCAUGGACAAUUGCGAGGAACUGAUCCCCGACUAUCUGAACUUCAUCAAGGGUGUCGUCGAUUCGGAAGAUCUGCCUCUGAACAUCUCCCGUGAAAUGUUGCAACAGAACAAGAUCCUCAAGGUCAUCCGUAAGAAUUUGGUCAAAAAAUGUUUGGAACUCUUCGAGGAACUGGCCGAAGACAAGGAAACCUACAAGAAGUUCUACGACCAGUUCAGCAAGAAUCUGAAACUCGGCAUCCACGAAGAUAGCUCAAACCGUCAGAAGCUGGCAGAUCUCCUGCGCUUCAACACGUCCGCUUCUGGUGACGAAUACUGCUCUCUUGCCGAUUACGUUGGCCGCAUGAAGGAAAAUCAGAAGCAUGUCUACUUCAUCACUGGAGAAAGCGUUGAACAGGUCAAGAACUCGGCUUUCGUCGAGCGCGUCAAGAAGCGUGGAUUUGAAGUCAUCUACAUGACUGAGGCCAUCGAUGAAUACGUCAUCCAGCAGCUCAAGGAAUACCAGGGCAAGCAGCUGGUCUCCGUCACCAAGGAAGGCUUGGAACUGCCAGAAGACGAGGAAGAGAAGAAGAAGCGCGAAGAGGACAAGGCCAAGUUCGAGAACCUGUGCAAGGUGAUGAAAUCCGUCCUGGACAACAAGGUCGAAAAGGUCGUCGUCUCGAAUCGUCUGGUUGAUUCGCCAUGCUGUAUCGUCACUUCCCAGUAUGGAUGGUCCGCCAACAUGGAACGUAUCAUGAAGGCACAGGCUCUGCGUGAUUCCUCCGCCAUGGGCUACAUGGCCGGCAAGAAGCACAUGGAAAUCAAUCCCGACCACUCGAUCAUCGAAACGCUCCGCCUGCGUGCUGAAGCCGACAAAAACGACAAGGCCGUCAAGGAUCUGGUUAUUUUGCUGUUCGAGACUGCCCUUCUUUCGUCCGGUUUCUCGCUGGAUGAGCCCGGAGUGCACGCCUCCCGCAUUUACCGCAUGGUGAAGCUCGGUCUCGGAAUCGACGAUGAGGAGAUGGUCGUCGAAGAACCUGCCUCCACUGCCGGCAGCGACGCCCCACCACUGGUCGAUGAUACCGAGGAUGCGUCCCACAUGGAAGAAGUCGAUUAAGCGGCAAACUCUCGUACUAGCGCUAGAUUAAUUUAUUCAAAUUGACGUGCCCGAAAACUAAUGUUCAAGGGGAGUUUUAGUUGGUGCGGGUGUAUUUUUUAGUUACUUUCCGGUUUUUGUUCCGCGUUCUAGCGGCUGCAAGGAACAACAAAGAUAUGUACAUUCUUGUCAUUUAUUAGAAGAUAAACAGCAUCCAAAUACAUUCGAACUGAUUACCUUUAAUAAAAGUUAUGCAGAGAAAGUGAAUUCAAUAAAAUUGUUUGUGUAUAAUUCAAAA